AUGUCUUGUCCUUUCGAGCAACACAAUUCUUUUGUGUUUCUCAAUGGCGUGCGCUAUCAAAUCCACACACAGUUCAAUACGGAAACUCAUGAAUUUACCCAAAUCAUGCAUGAAAUUUCCACUCCGAAUCAACAAUACAACAAGAAGCGAAAAGAUUCUCCAUGUCUGACGAAUAAUGGCGACAACCAACAAUUCAGGAAAAUAUUGAAAAUUGUAAAACAAUACACGGAUGAAAAUUUCAUUCCGAUUCAACAUGAAUUACUUUUAAAACAAAAAGACAUGUUUUGGGAAGUGAUUCAAUUCUUGGAAAUGAGUGAUAUUGUUUUCCAUGUGAGAAGUGUCUGCAAGGUUUGGAAUGAUUGGAUUCUUUAUGAAUACAAUUCCAAUUGGAAGAACAUGUAUCAACAAAACUUUAACAACUUGCUACCACAGCAACAUCACAAUGAAGUGAAUGGAGUGAAAUUCUUUCUUUUUCCUCUCUAUUUAUACCGAAAGGCACAACGUUAUCAUCAGGAAAAUUAUAAACCCAAUACAGGGCUCAAGUUAUCCAGAAUCACCGAAUUAUUACAAUUACCUCAGAUGCAACAAUUGCAGCGAGCACUCAAUUCGUGCUUAUUCAUCAAAAAGUUCGAACUUUCUGAAUUUGAAUAUUCCAAUGAUUGCGGCAUGACAGAACUCGAUGGAAAGAUCAUGAUCCACAACGUUCAUGGAAAUGGUGUUGUGUUACUGCUUGACAUUUCCUCAAGCAAUUAUUCUACUCAGUUUUCAUAUGAGGGCCGUGACCAUUUAACUAUUUCUUAUCGUGAGCUCGUUUCACAUGAAGAGGGAAAGAAUCAUUCUCUUGUAGAGAUAUCUACUUACAAUGAUGAUACAACGUGUGAUGUUGAACGAGAACAGAUUGAGCUCAUAUUUGAGAAAUUGGGUCUUGAUUCACUCGUAGCAGAGCGUAAGAAUGGUGGGAAAAAAUUGACGGAUAUUCUUGAAGUGCUUACUUUGAUUCCGUUUGAUUCUUAUCGCAAUCGUAAAGGUCAUACCUUUUAUCCCCGCAAGCGCACCUUAGAUUACUUUGACCGUAUUGAUGACGAGAAUGACGAUUGA